CAUCUCUCUCUCUCUCUCUCUCUCUCUCUCUCGUCUGUCUUGUAUCUAUCCGCCGUUGCGCACUCUGGGGAGAGGAGGGCCACUUCUCUAUCACACAAACAAACCAGACCCAAUCCAUCCUUUUUACUUCAUUUCAAUCUCCUCUUUGCUGCUCUGCUUAAUUCUUGAUCUGGGUUCUCAAUAAGCCUCCCACUUCACUCUGUUUUUUGCUAGUAUUUAGGUUUUAUUUUUCACUGUUCGAAAUUCCAUCUAUUAGGUACAAAACCCGUCUGGGUUUUGGCCUUUGACAGAUUCGGAUUACUGGGUCUUCUGAUGCCACACCUGAAGUCCUUUAGUUAAAUUGUGAACUGUGCUUUGGCGGAAAUAUAUGAUUAUGGGUAGAGGAAGGGGAAAGGGAAAAAAGUUUUCCGCUCCUAAUCAUGAAGAUGCUGGAAGUGGUGAAGAAGAAAAAAUUCCUGUGCAAAAGAAGAGGGGAAGGCCACAAAAACCACUGAAGGAUGAGACUGAUAUGGAAGAAUCUGGCAAAAUAGAAGACGAAGACAGUGAAAGUACAAGAAAUGGUGUAUCAAGCAAAGAGGCGAAAGGUUCAAUUGCAACAGAGAACGGAAGGAAGAGGAGGCGCAAUUUGCAGGCAAAAGAAAAGUCAGAUUCGAUCAAAGAGGAAAAUGGUGUUGGAUCCAGAUCGACCAGUGAUGACGCAACGAAGUCCAAUGGAUUCCGUCAUAAUGGAAGCAGGCGAAAAAACAAACCUCGUCGGGCUGCUGAAGCAGGUGUUGAGUGCAACUAAUAUUAUGGGUAGCAUUUUCGUGUAAUGGACAAAUCAUGGAUGAGGAGAGAGGCCAAGUGAAUCUCGAGUUUAAUUUUAUUAUUUUUUUUAUUGCUCUCUUCUUGACAAUUCCUUGAAUUCUUUCUUGAUUUUUGUUGGAAGGUCUGGAAAAUAUCAUGGCAAUUGCAGUCUUCCAUUAUCUGAAGUAUUUGAUAUUUCCAACAGCUUUUUGUAUUAUUUCUUUUUUUCCUUUUCUUACAUUCCAAGCUUAAACAAUUUCUUCAA